CUUUCAGUCAGUCGGCGCUCCCUCCGCUGCUGUUCCGCUCGGCCUGAGACACAGUGGCAGUGGUGCGGACGCCUCGCUACUCGACUCACGUAUUAUAAAGAAGAUGCAAGGCAGCCAAGACACCGUUCCUGAACAGCCAAAUUAUGAAUGUGCCAGAGAACAGGGUCCCCCAAAGCAGCAUGGUGCAGGAUGGAACCCCAAUGGUCUACCUGCAGAAGACAGCAAACACUCAAUUUUGACAAUAGAUCUGCGAAGCUUCAAGAAGCCAGGAGAGAAGACGUAUACGCAGCGCAGCAGGCUCUUUGUGGGGAAUUUACCAGCGGGGGUCACCGAGCAGGAUGUGGAGAAGCUGUUCUCUAAGUACGGGAAACCUGCAGAGAUAUUCGUAAAUAAGGAGAGGGGUUUCGGCUUUGUGAGGCUGGAGACCAGGAUCCUGGCGGAGAUUGCGAAGGCUGAGCUUGACGACUUUGCGUUCAGGGGCCGACAGCUGCGUGUGCGCUUCGCCGCUCACGGGGCAGCGCUCACCGUGAAGAACUUGCCUCAGUUUAUCUCCAACGAGCUGCUGGAAGAGGCUUUUUCCGCCUUUGGCCAGGUGGAGAGGGCUGUCGUGGUUGUCGACGACCGGGGGAGACCCACAGGGAAAGGUGUCGUGGAGUUUACCAGUAAAGCUGCUGCUAGGAAGGCCUUGGAGCGAUGUGCAGAAGGGGCCUUCUUGCUCACCGCUUACCCACGUCCAGUUAGAGUGGAACCGAUGGACCAGCUCGACGAGGACGAAGGGCAGCCAGAGAGGGUCAUCAGCAAGAACCAGCAGUUCCACAAGGAGCGGGAGCAGCCUCCGCGUUUUGCACAGCCUGGCACCUUUGAGUAUGAGUAUGCCAUGCGCUGGAAGGCCCUGCUGGAUAUGGAGAAGCAGCAACAGGAGCAGGUGGACAGGAACAUCCGGGAGGCACGGGAGAAGCUGGAGUCGGAGAUGGUGGCAGCGCAACACGAACACCAGGUUAUGCUAAUGAGGCAGGACCUGCUGCGGCGGCAGGAGGAGCUGCGCAGGAUGGAGGAGCAGCACAACCUGGAGGUGCAGAAGCGCAAACAGGUAGAGAUGCGGCAGGAGGAGGAGCGGCGGAGGCGCAGCGAGGAGGCAGCACGCAGGCAGCAGGAGGCCUUUGCAGAAAAUAGUGAGAAAGACAUGAGAAUGCACAUGCCAGGUCAGGGGAUGGCAGUGAGCAGGAGCUACAUGGCAGGAAGCAAUUUGCCUGCAGGACCGGUCAACAUGCCAGAUGUGGAGAAGCCCUUAAUGCACGAGCGCUUUGCCGUGGAGCAGGCUGUGAGCGAUGCCAUGCUGGGGGCCAUGCCGCCCUUUCCUAGAGGCCUUUCCACACCACCUGACUUUGGGCUCAACAAACGCCGCGGCUAUUAAGGAUCUCACAAGCUUUGCUUGGCUAUAUUUAAAGUCUUCAAAUUACCCUUGUUAAUCUGGCAAUGAGCAGCUCCAUUGGUCACUGAGCCAGCACCCCCACCCAGAAACUUCUAGAACUUACAGCUGUGCCUGCCUGUCGUUCCCUUCAGUCAGCAGAGGGUAUUUUUAAUGAGAUUACAAAGUGUGUUAUUACAAUGUCUCUGUUCCCUAUUGCUGAAUAAAAUACUUACAAGUAGUUCUCCACUUAUGACAUAAGGGUCUUACAAGGACCCAGACUUACAACAGCCAACUUGUCAACCUUACUGUAUUAUUUUGGAGUCCUGACGUUUGCUCGUAACAUCUAAUGCCAACCACUGCACCACAACAAUAGCUGGUCGCACUGCCACAAUGCACCGUAUUUCUUGUUGACUCAAUCUGUGGCUGACAGUGACUGUGUUUUAUUUACAAAAACACUUAACAGAAUUUCUCAUUUGUGAUUCCA